AUGUCAACCUCCAAACCCCCCCCACCCUUCCCCACAACCCCCCCCCCCCCUCCCACCCCCUCCACCCCCUUCCCCUACCCCGCCACCGACUUCCUCCGCGCCGACGAAUCCUCCGACACCGACUUCUACUCCAGCCCCCGCUACGUAACGCACAUAGACGACCACGCCAUCGGGCUCCUCCAAAAAUACUACGCCGGGACCCUGCCCCGGAGCGGACGGAUCCUGGACCUGUGUUCGAGCUGGGUGAGCCACUUCCCGCCGGAGAUGGAGGCGGGGGCCGCGAAGGGGAAGGGAGAGGAGGACGGGGGGGUGGAGGUGGUAGGGAUCGGGCUGAACGCGCAAGAGCUGGCCGCGAAUCCGCUGCUCAGGGAGACAAUACUGCAGGAUCUGAACGCGGACCCGAGGAUCCCGGCCGCGGUGGGUCCGUUGCGCGCGACGGUGUGCGUCGUCAGCGUCGACUAUCUCACCAAGCCCCUCGCCGUGCUCGCGUCCGUGCGCGAACGGACGGUCGAGGGGGGGAGCGUGCAUUUGGUGGUUUCGAAUCGGUGUUUCCCUACCAAAGCCAUCGGGCGGUGGUUGAGGAUCGGUGAAGAGGAGCGGUUGAAGAUGGUGGGGGAUUAUUUGUGGUGGAGUGGGUGGGGGGAGGUGGAGAUUGUGGAGGUUUGUGAUGGGAGGAUGAGGGAAGGAGAGGGAGGUGGAGGAGGAGGUGGAGGGCUGGCGAGAUUGAUGGGGAUGUUUGGGGGUGUGGAUCCGUUGUGGGUUGUUCGAGCUGUGAAGGUUGCACAGGAUGGAGAUACAGGGGGAGAGAAGAGUGAGCUUUGA